AUGGCGGACAAGCAGGCAGAGACUCCCACUGCCCGGGAGAAGCUUGAAGCCCAGAUCAAGUCUGCCGACAUGACCGAGGACAUGCAACAAGAGUCGAUCGAAGUCGCCCAGGAGGCCAUGUCGAAAUUCACCAUUGAAAAGGACAUUGCCCAACACAUCAAGCGCACAUUCGACGAGCGGAAGGGCCCAACUUGGCACUGUAUUGUUGGCCGCAACUUUGGCAGCUUCGUAACCCACGGUCCGUCAUGA